AUGAAAUCCAUGGUGAACAGCACAGAAGUGCAUGAGUUUAGACUCCUGGGGUUGACUGACAUCCCAGAGCUGCAAGUCCCCCUCUUCAUAACAUUCACCUUCAUUUAUGUCAUCACUCUAAUCGGGAACCUGGGAAUGGUUGUGUUGAUCCUGCUAGACUCUCGUCUCCACACUCCCAUGUAUUUUUUCCUCAGCAACUUGUCUCUGGCGGACUGUGUUUACUCUUCAGCUGUGACUCCUAAAGUGAUGGCUGGACUUCUCACAGGGGAUAAAGUUAUGUCCUUUGUAGGGUGUGUUGCUCAAAUGUUCUUCUUCGUGGCUUUUGCCAGUGUUGACUGUUUGCUGCUUGCUGUCAUGGCCUAUGACCGUUAUGUGGCAGUGUGUAAACCCUUACAUUACACCACCACCAUGACGACCAGUGCAUGUGCUCAGAUGGUGGUAGGCUGCUUUCUCUGGGGCUUGGUUGAUUCUGCCAUCCACACUGGGCUCACCUUCAGUCUUUCCUUCUGCCGUUCUAAUGUGAUCCAUCACUUUUUCUGUGAUAUCCCCCCAAUCCUGGCUCUUUCCUGCUCUGAUAUCUACAUCAACGAGAUUGUGCUGUUUAUCUUAGCAGCUUUCGAUGUCUUUUUUGCCAUUUCAGUUAUCUUGACCUCUUAUUUGUUCAUUUUCAUUGCCAUCUUGAGGAUGCAUUCUGCAGAAGGGCGGAAGAAGGCCUUCUCCACCUGUGCUUCUCACCUUACUGCUGUAACCAUAUUCUACGGAACUGUGAUGUUCAUGUACUUGCAGCCCAGUUCUAGUCAUUCUAUGGACAAUGACCAAAUGGCAUCUGUGUUCUACACAAUAGUAAUUCCCAUGUUGAAUCCAAUUGUCUACAGUCUAAGGAAUAAAGAGGUUAAUAACGGUUUCAGGAAAGCCAUUGAGAAGAUGAAGAUUCGGCUCAGCAUAUAA